GAGUCAGCUGACAAGUGUAGUUCCGCUUCUGCGCGUUGCUUGUCAGCUGACAGAUGUUUGCUGCCUCGGUGAAAUAAAAACACCUGCGCGAUCAGAGAUCAGCAGCAGCGCGAUGAGUGCUGGUACCCCCCGAUCACUGGCCUCGUCCGGGCAGAAGUCCAUUCAGGAUAUCUGCCACCCUCUGUCCGCCGAGGAGUCCGCGCUGAGCCGCAGCCCAGAUGUGCUCAACCCCAGCGGUGCUGGAGAGAAGGACCUGAGUCUGCCCAAUGGGACUCCAGUAGAUACAUCAAGCCCCGCCUCCUCAUCAUCUCUGCUGAACCGACUACAGCUCGAUGAUGAUUUGGACGGAGAAACACGUGACCUGUUUGUGACUGUAGACGACCCCAAGAAACAUGUGUCUACUAUGGAGACAUACAUCACCUACAGAGUCUGCACAAAGACCACCAGGACAGAGUUUGACCUGCCGGAGUACUCGGUAAGGCGACGCUACCAGGAUUUUGACUGGCUGAGGAACAAAUUAGAGGAAAGCCAACCCACCCACCUUAUUCCACCUUUGCCUGAGAAGUUUGUUAUGAAGGGAGUGGUGGACCGUUUUUCAGAGGAGUUUGUGGAGACCAGAAGAAAGGCACUAGACAAGUUCCUCAAACGUGUUGCAGACCAUCCGGUGCUCUCUUUCAACGAACAUUUCAAUGCAUUUCUUUCAGCCAAGGACUUGAAUAAGCGCCAAGGCCUGGCUCUGCUGACUAAAAUGGGGGAAUCUGUGAAGUAUGUGACGGGUGGUUAUAAACUGAGAGGACGGCCAAUAGAGUUUGCCGCCAUGGGUGACUAUCUGGAUGUGUUCACACAGAAACUGGGCACCAUCGACAGGAUAGCACAGAGAAUCAUCAAAGAGCAAUCAGAAUUCUUGAUGGAGUUAAGGGAAUAUGGGCCUGUCUACUCAUCCUGGUCGUCGUUCGAGGAAGAGCUCCAUGAUCCUCUGGAAGGGGUGGCAGGGUGCGUGUCGAACUGCUCCAGUGCUCUGGACGAACUCACAGAGGACAUGAGUGAAGACUUUCUCCCUGUGCUUAGAGAAUACGUCCUAUACAUUGAAUCCAUGAAGAAUGUGCUUAAGAAGAGAGACCAAGUCCAGGCUGAAUACGAAACAAAGUUGGAGGCAGUCGUGUUCAGGGAGGACAAAAAGACACCGGUGCCUACUGACGUGGAGAAGUGCCAGGAUCGUGUGGAGUGCUUCAAUGCCGACCUGAAGGCCGACUGGGACCGCUGGCAGAACAACAAGCGACAGGACUUCAGGCAGCUGCUGACUGGCAUGGCCGACAAAAACAUCCAGUACUAUGAGAAGUGCCUUGCAGCAUGGGAGUCCCUUAUUCCGUUGUUACAAGACAAACAGGAAGCAAGAGGCGAAACGAACUGAGCAUGUAUUUCAGCUGUUCUUUCGGCACCCUGGUGAGGGUGAGAGGUCAUGAUCCUGUGGAAAGGUUUCACGGAACAGCCGGGAUGGGACACUACUGGACUGGACAAGCUACCAGAAUUCCAUUUUGUAAAGUGUCUCUAUUUGUGAAAACCCACCCAACCAACACCCUCUCUCUCUGUCUCGUUUCCCCCUCUCUUUUUUGGUGGAAGGAGAAUUUGUAGUUUCUCUUCUCAAGCUCAGGCUAGAACUGCAGAAGCACGGCUCUGGGAAACGUUAAACGAUUGCGGCUCUGACAGGAGGAUGACAGAUGGAAGGAAAUAACAGAUUUGUAGUUUUUAGUGAAAUGUUUGCCAGUAAUCCUUUUGUAAACGCUUGUCUUUUGAUGCUGUCCGGCCAAGGGAACAGAGACGUCAGUGUUUUAGUUUUUUGUUCACGUUCACGAAGAGUCUGCGGAAGGUUUGCCAACAUUCCUCUUGCCAAAGAUGUGGAAUUGUAGUUUGAUAUCUUUUUUUUUUUUUUUUUUCAGAAGAAUAUUUGGACUUUGGCACCACAAAACACUCGCCUGAAUUGGCAGUUCCCUCGUUACACUAUAAAUUUGGUCGUUGUGUUGAAAUGAAGGAUGUUUUUCCAGCCAUACUUGACUUCAUUAAAUAUUUAUGAUAACAUGUGUGUCAUAAUGAUUUGGGGCAGUAUAUGCAGUUGGCUUAGUCUGAUGUGAGGUUUGAGACAUUUCUAAUGUAAUGUGGGACAUUUCUUCUGAAACUGGGAUAAUUACAGAGAGUGGUUGAUCUCCAAUAAUAUACACACUUUCUGAAAUGCAAAGCUUUUAGUAAACGCAGUAUGGCAAAUGUUUUUGGCAGCUGUUACAUCAAAUGGUUAAAUGCAGAACAUCAAUUGAGUUCUUUUUUUAAUAUGGUUAUGCAGUGCAGAAUAGUAUUACACUACUGUUCAAAUGUUUGGGGUCAGUAAAAAUGUUUUAAUGUUUAUUGAAGUCUGAAAAGCUGCAGUUAUUUGAUCAAAAAUGCAGUGAAAGCACAAAGCGGUAAUAUUGUUAAAUAUUAUUAAAUUUAUACAUAUAUGUGUGUGUAUUUAAAGCAAUUAAUUUCCUCCUGCAACUUUUACUGUAAAAGAUUCUCUCUAAUGUACUGAUUAUGUAUACAGUGCCCUCCACAAAUAUUGGCACCCUUAGUAAAUAUGAGCAAAGGCAGCUGUGAAAAUAAAUCUGCGUUGUUUAUCCUUUUGAUCUUUCAUUAAAAAAAUCACAAAAUUCAAACCUUUGAAAUUCUAACAAUUGAAAAUGGGGGGAAAAAGCUCAUUAUGAAAUAAAUGUUUUUCUGUAGUUCAUGUUGGCCACAAUUGUUGGCACCCAAUUAUUGCAACCUCUUUUUCCCAAGAUAACAGCUCUGAGUCUUCACCUAUAAUGCCUGAUGAGUUGGAGAACACCUGACAAGAGAUCAGAGACCAUUCCUUUAUGCAGAAUCUCUCCAGAUCCUUCAGAUUCCCAGCUCCAUGUUUGUGCUUCUUCUCUUCAGUUCACUCCACUCAUUUUCUAUAGGGUUCAGGUCAGGGGACUGGGAUGACCAUGGUAGAAGCUUCAUUUUGUGCUCAGUGACACAUUUUUGUGUUGGUUUUGAUGUUUGUUUUGGAUCAUUGUCCUGAUGGAAGAUCCAACCACAGCUCAUUAUAAGAUUUCUAGCAGAAGCAGUCAGGUUUUGAUUUUUUUUUUUUUUUUUAAUGUUGGUAUUUGCUAAAAUCCUUGAUACCAUGUGUCUGAACAAGAUGUCCAGGACCUCCAGCAGAAAAAUAGGCCCACAGCAUUAAAGAUCCAGCAGUAUAUUUAAUCUUGGGCAUGGGGUACUUUUUAUCCAUGUGUGCACCAAACCCAUCUGGUGGGUUUGCUGCCAAAAAGCUCUUUUUUUUUUUUUUUCCAUCUGACCAUAGAAGCCGGUCCUGUUUGAAGUUUUUUUUUUAUUUUUUUUUUUUAGGCUUUCUGACCCCAAGACUCAACUAAUCUCUGCAAUUCUCCAGCUGUGAUCCUUGGAGAGUCUUUGCCACUCAAACUCUCCUCCUUACCGUGCAUUAGGACAAUUUAGACACACGUCCUCUUCCAGGCAGAUUUGUAACAUCUUUAGUUGAUUGGAACUUCUUAAUUAUUGCCCUGAUGGUGGAAAUGGGAAUUUUCAGUGCUUUAUCUAUUUUUUUUACAGACACUUUCUUUUUUGUGAAGCUCAACAAUCUUUUGCUGCACAUCAGAACUAUAUUCUUUGGUUUUUCUCAUUGUGAUGGAUUAUUAAGGGAAUUUGGCCAUUGUGUUUCCUCAUGUUUGUACUCCCGUGGAACAGGAAGUCAUGGCUGGGCAAUUUCAUGCUCCUAGUCACCCUGGUAUGCUAAAAAAUGUAAACGUGAAUGGGAAUAAACUUCAGAGAUAUUUUACUCAUAAGAAUAUCUAGGGGUGCCAAUAAUUGUGGCUAACAUGUAUUGGAGAAAAAUUAUUUAUUUCAUAAUGUGAGUUUCCUUCCCACUUUCAAUUGAUUUACUUCGAUGAAAGCUUAGAAUUUUGUGAAAUUUUUGAAUGAAAGAUCAAAAGGAUAAACAAUGCAGAUUUAUUUUUACAGCCGCCUUUGCUCAUAUUUACUAAAGGUGCCAAUAUUUGUGGAGGGCACUGUACACACACACACACACACACACAUGCAUACAUACAUACAUACAUACAUACAUAUACAUAUAUAUAUAUAUAUAUUUUAUAAUAAUCAGCACAUUAGAGAGAAUCUUUUUCAGUAAAAGUUGCGGGAGGAAAUUAAUGGCUUUAUCAUGAAAAUUAAGGGAAAAAAAUGCUGCAAAUGGUCCUGAAAAUAGGUUUCAUUUUCUUUUUGCUGUUUUUUUUUUUUUUUUUUUUUUGCAUUUUUUUUUUUUUUUUUUGCAUUUUCUUUGUCUUUAAUGACUGGACAUCUUGUGAAAUUCACCACUUACCAUAGAAUUAAUCAUAAAAAAAAAAAAAAAAAAAAAUCGGUUUACUGUGUUAUAUAUUAAAGUUCUCCUGUCCUGCUGUUCUGCCCUGUUUGUGAGGAAGUUUUCUUUAAAGGGUUAGUUCACCCAAUCGGUUUAUCACAUAAAGUGAUCGUCUCUUCAGCUUUAUUCAUAAGGAUUAUUUUUUUGAUCUCUUUAUGAACUUCUGAAGCAUCAAAGUGGUUGUUGUGUGGACUGUCAGUGGAGGGACAGAAAUUUCUCGGAUUUUAUUAAAAAUAUGGGUUUGGAAUGACAUGAGGGUGAGUAAUUAAUGACAGUAUUUUAUUUUUUGAGUGAACUAACCCUUUAAAGCAAACUUAAUGAACAGAAAGUCAGGACUGCCCUGAACUUUGUCAUUUCUCAUUUUUUUUUAACUUUGUAUUUUUUAUAUAUAUAUAUAUAUAGAGUUUUUGAAGUGAGUUCUCCAUCAAUGUUGCAAUUAGUGAUGUAGCAAAGACCAGUCAGAAUCAGAACUGGCCCUCUAGUGUUACUGUUUGACAGGAGAUGCAGCACACAGAUUGGAAAUGCUCCACCUGCUGGUAGAUGCAGUUACUGCAGCGGCUUUUCUUUUACCAGGUAUCUUCUUGUUGCCUUUUAUUGAACAUCUUUCACCGUCAUGCUUUCAGGAAAAAGAGCCUACAGAUAGAAUACAGAUUUUCUGUCUGGCAGAAUAGUCUCUUUUCUAAAUGUCUAUGUUUGCCAUUUUUUUGUGGUCUAAUUCAUAUUUUUUCAGUGAAGACACUUCACCCAUGAUCCAGUCAACCUUAUACUUUUGUCUCUAUUAAUUUGAUUUUCAAUUGAAUACAUUUUGUUAUAAAGGCAGCUAUAUGACUUUUUGUUGCUUUAAUGCAUGUUGUACAUUUUGAUGUAAAAUACUGUUAAUACUGGAAAUGAUUAAAUUCAGUUUACACAGGAAAAGGUUAAACGUAGAGUGAUUAUAUAAUGUUCAAAUCACUGUCUGCAGAAUCUGCAAUAAUUGUGGUCCAUUAAUCUGUCAUGUUACAUACUUAAUGGGUAAAAAUUUAUUUUUUGUCAAAUAUUAAUCAAAUGUAGCAUGAAUGUGUCAUAUGUUUACUUACGGAUCAGUCCUGUUACCCUUUACCUCAAAGGAUUUUAAUAUUGGACCAUUGUGAUAAAAAAUAAUUAAACAAAUAUACUAAGA